AUGGCCUGGCUUCUACCACCAUUAAAGCCGCUUACCAGCCGGACGGCUUCAGUCCGGCAUGGCGGACUUCAACGGAAGAUUCUCGACCACGACCAUAGCGCAUCCUGGAAAGCGGGUACCUGCCUAGUUGGUAACGACAGCGUGUGGACGACGGAUGCUCCGAGCAUGCGCCAAACCCCAAGCCUCGUAUAG